GUCCUCAUUGGCUAGCUCAGACAUUCCGAUAUGUUAGAGACAAUCUUGCCGAUCACUGCAGCAACAGCGACUUCUGUAGGAAAAGUGGUGAAAACAGUUGUCGAAAUUUCAGACAAGAAGCGAGGGAACGGAUGGAAUGCAAAUGCAGCAUUAUACGCGAUAACACUUUCAGAAAUUAGCUCCAUGAUGAGCAGACCAUCAUUUCCAAGGCUUGACGGGGGUAAUUAUGAUAUCUGGAGCAUCAGGACGAAGAUCUUGCUUAAAUUAUAUGAUGUCUGGGACUUGGUGGAAAAAGGGUACAAAGUGAAAGGACGCAAUGGUAAGGCUUCAAAGAAGGAUCUGGAUAAGGAUUCCUUUGCUUACAAUAUUAUCAUGGAAUCAGUUAAGAUAUCAGUUAGCCGCAGCAUUGUUGAUGCAGACAACUCAAAAGAGCUUUGGGAUGCGAUAAAAACGAAAUAUAAAGAUAAAGACAAAAGCAGCUGGAAGUCAUAUUUCUGUUUGAGAUCGAUAUAAAUCAUAAAGGAGGUUCUCUUAGCCUCUUAGGUUGUUUCUGUUUAAGAUGUCAAUAGGCUCAACUGAAUUAUUACUCUAAAUUUGGUGUAUCUUUUUCUUUACUCUUUACCUGUAAUCCAAGCAUAUUCAAUUGUAUUUAUUUAGUUUCACCCAGGACUAAAUUAAAGAAAAUUGAAUUAAUUAUGUACUAGUUGAAUUUUUAUAGGUGGUAGCCAUAAUGCCUCCUAUAAUAUUACUUGACUUGAUUGUUUGUAAA